GUAUUUCGUUUGAAUAAUGAAUGAGCAGUUUUCCAGGGGUCGUCAAGCAUGUCCGAGGUUUACAUCUCAGAAAAUGUGUGUUAGGAGAUUAAUAAUAAUAAACUAUUCCAGCUCAACUAUCAGUGUCCAGGUGCAAACAAAAUGGUAGGGAAAUUUCAAUUUGCAAUUGAUCGUGGAGGUACAUUUACUGAUGUCUGGGCACGUUGUCCAGACGGCAAGACACGGGUAAUGAAACUGCUGUCAGUUGAUCCUACAAAUUACCCUGAUGCACCAAGGGAAGGAAUUCGUCGCAUCCUUGAGCAGGAAACUGGAAAGCCACAUCCUCCUGCAGAACCCCUCGAUACAUCUCUAAUUGAAUGGAUUCGUAUGGGAACAACAGUCGCAACCAAUGCUCUACUUGAACGUAAAGGAGAACGAACAGCCCUUGCUAUUACAAAGGGAUUCAAAGACUUGCUUUACAUAGGAAAUCAAGCACGUCCUAAUAUAUUUGAUCUUGAAAUUGUAACUCCAGAGAUGAUUUAUGAGGAUGUCGUGGAGGUUAAUGAACGUGUUUACCUUCAGCAAAAUCGCUGUCAACUUCCAAAGCCAGAAAAUUUACAAACUAUUGAAGGAAUAACUGGUGAAAGGGUAGAAAUCCAGAAAGAGAUAGAUGAGGCUAAACUACGAUCAGAUUUGGGCAAAGUGUUCGCCAAAGGCAUCCGAAGCUUAGCUGUAGUUUUGAUCCAUUCAUACAUUUUUGACGGCCAUGAACAGAAAGUUGCGCACAUUGCUAAAGAAGUAGGGUUCACACACGUGUCCACGUCCAGUCAGGUGAUGCCGAUGGUGAGAAUGGUACCAAGAGGAUACACAGCAUGUGCUGAUGCAUAUCUUACACCCUGUAUUAAGGAAUAUCUUCAGAGUUUUGCCGCUGGAUUCAAGUCUAAUCUUGAGGGGGUCAGAGUUCUUUUUAUGCAGUCUGAUGGCGGGCUUACAUCUAUGGAUACCUUCAAUGGAGCAAGGGCUAUACUUUCAGGACCUGCUGGAGGGGUCGUAGGUUAUGCCUUAACAACAUACAGCAAAGAGACUAAUCUGCCUGUGAUUGGUUUUGAUAUGGGAGGAACGUCAACUGAUGUAAGUCGAUAUGCUGGAGAGUAUGAACAUGUAUUUGAGACAACAACAGCCGGCAUCAGCAUCCAAGCUCCCCAACUGGAUAUCAACACAGUAGCUGCAGGUGGCGGUUCUCAACUGUUCUUUCGAUCUGGAAUGUUUGUGGUUGGUCCAGAUUCAGCCGGAGCACAUCCAGGACCUACUUGCUACAGGAAGGGUGGUCCGCUAUGUGUCACCGAUGCAAACCUCAUUCUUGGCCGACUUCUCCCCGAACUAUUCCCUAAAAUAUUUGGCCCGAAUGAAAACGAAGAAUUGGAUAAAAAAUCUUGUCUACAAUGUUUUCAAAAACUAACUCAGGAGAUUAACAGUUUUAGAGCUGGUAGUGAUGGCGGUAAACAGAUGACAGUGGAAGAGGUUGCUAUGGGUUUUAUAGAUGUUGCGAAUGAAACAAUGUGUCGUCCAAUUCGCAAUCUGACCCAGGCCAAAGGUCACGAUACUUCACGUCACAUGCUGGCUUGUUUCGGAGGAGCAGGCGGUCAACAUGCUUGUGCAAUAGCACGUUCACUUGGAAUGGCCACUGUUUUCAUACAUAAAUACUCAGGAAUUCUGUCUGCAUAUGGGAUGGCCCUUGCGGAUGUAGUUUACGAGAGUCAGGAGCCAUGCGCAUUCCCUUAUGAUGAGGGCAGCUUCGAUCAGAUAGGCACCAAACUGGACAAACUGACACAAGACUGUAUCAGAGCUCUACAAGAACAAGGCUUUGAAAGAGACCAGAUACACACUGAACCUUUCUUGCACAUGCGGUAUCAGAAGACAGAUUGCGCCCUCAUGUGUUCACCUAUUCCUAGUUCAGAUAAGAGUCCUAAAUAUGGUGACUUUCAAAAGGCAUUCACAGAUAGAUAUCAGAGAGAAUUCGGAUUUACAAUACCUGGUCGAGAAAUCAUUAUUGAUGACAUCCGUGUAAGGGGCAUCGGCAAAACUCUAGCUCAGGAUAACACGCAUUUGACACCGAGUUCUGAACCACCAAAACCAGAAAAGGUUACAAGGUGUUACUUUGAGAAGGGUUAUCAGAAUACAGGAGUGUUUCUACUGGAGAAACUAAGCUACGGACAAACAAUUGCAGGGCCUGCCAUCUUGAUAGAGAAGAACAGUACUAUACUAGUAGAACCCAACUGCCAGGCGUCAAUCACAUCUGCUGGCGAUGUCAAAAUACAGAUUGGCUCUGGUGAAAUUAAGACAGUCGGUACUGAACUAGACAUGAUUCAGUUGUCCAUCUUCUCGCAUCGAUUCAUGAGUACGGCUGAACAGAUGGGCAGGAUUCUUCAAAGAACAUCAAUAUCAACCAACAUUAAGGAACGCUUAGACUUUUCUUGUGCUGUGUUUGGGGAUGAUGGCGGUCUCGUUGCCAAUGCUCCUCAUAUACCAGUGCACCUGGGUGCAAUGCAGGAAACUGUGCAAUACCAGAUGAGAGCUCUUGAUGGUGACAUCAAUGAUGGUGACAUGAUCCUUAGCAAUCAUCCGUGUGCUGGCGGCAGUCAUCUUCCAGAUUUAACCGUCAUCACACCAGUUUUUCACAAGGGACAGAAGAAACCAGUUUUCUUUGUAGCCAGUAGAGGUCAUCAUGCUGAUAUUGGGGGGAAAACGCCAGGGUCAAUGCCUCCAUUCUCCAAAAGCAUUGAUGAGGAAGGUGCUGUCUUUUGGUCCUUUAAACUUGUCAAAAACGGAAUAUUUCAAGAAGAAGCUGUUACUGAAGCAUUUAUGGCACCUGGCAAAAUUCCUGGCAACAGUGGUACAAGGAAUCUUCAUGACAACCUGGCUGAUUUAAGAGCACAGGUGGCAGCCAAUCAAAGGGGUGUCAUUCUGAUCGAAAAACUCAUUGAUGAGUAUAGUCUUCCUGUGGUUCAGGCAUACAUGAAACAUAUACAGAACACUGCUGAGGUGGCUAUCUCAGACAUGAUGCGACAGAUAGGGCGACAGACCCAGCAGCAUACUGGCCAGACCAGACUAUCAGCCAUCGAUCACAUGGAUGAUGGCACUCCAUUGAAGUUAACUGUUGAUAUUAAUAUUGAUCAGGGGACAGCUGUGUUUGAUUUUGCCGGCACAGGUCCUGAAGUACAUGGCAAUAAGAAUGCGCCACGUGCCAUCACUACCUCGGCUAUCAUCUACUGUCUGCGGUGUAUGGUGGGCCAUGAUAUACCUCUCAAUCAGGUACUUGUUAUUCUGUAUUUGUUCAGAUAUCCUGUUAUACUGCAAAGGUUCCAAUUAAAUUCCGGUUCCGGUGGAAACGGCAAGUGGGUUGGUGGUGACGGUGUCAUCAGAGAAGUGCUGUUCAGAAAGCCAUUAACCGUGUCGAUCUUGACGGAGAGGAGGAGCUUCCAACCAUAUGGAAUGGAUGGAGGGGAUCCUGGAAAACGUGGGAUGAAUCUGUUCUGUUACCAUGAUGGAAGGGUCGUCAAUCUUGGUGGGAAGAAUUCAAUUCAAGUAGUUGCUGGGGACUGCUUGCAGACGUUAACACCCGGAGGCGGCGGUUAUGGGUCAAAAGAUUAUGAGGAUAUGGAGAUGGGAGGGCCCAGGAAAAGGAGGAGGACCAAUAAUCCAGGCGAGGGCGGUUUCCAUGGCCAUGGAAGUCUUCAUGCUUUCAAAGCAGCUCAAGAACAAGCUUAAAAUGCAAAUUGGUUAAAAACGUGCAAAAACAUUGUAUUGGAAUAAUUCCAUUAAUAUAGGUUCUUUUUUUAGUUGUUAAUCAUAGUGUUCCUAUUCCGAUUUAUAUUUAUUGUUAUUUUUUCUUGCUUUAUUUCCACCUGUAUAAUGCUAAUAGGUAAUAAAUAAUGUAGUCAUCAUAUACAUUUUAUUAUAUACAGUAUACACAUAAAGUAUAUUAUGUCUAUUUUGAAUUUUAGUGUAAGGUUGAAGAGAGAACAUACAGUAAUUCACUAAUUAAUUUUGUGCUACAGGGAAAUACUGUAUAGUCUUUAUUGGAAAUAUAAAUAAAUAUAUAAUUAGAUAUAGUUAUGUUAUUCACUGUGUAAUUUUUCGGUGCCAUGUUUGAAGUUUUUGAAAAGUACAAAAUGAUAAAGUAAUAACAAAAUAAUUUAUGAGUAUUGAAGCCCUAGUAAAAAAUAAUAUUAAAUAUUACCUUGUGUAUUACCUAUGGAUUUAUUUUAAAAUAAAGUCAAUCAAUCAAUAAGUGGUAAUUAAAUAGUGGAUGCAGAAACAAAACAGAUUGGUGUAUAUACUAGAUGUAAUUUUAUUGCAAAUAAAAAAGAACUAUAUAGGUAGUAAAAUACAACAUUUAGUACAACUUGCAGUACUAGAAUUUACAAAUAGAGUACUGUAGUUCAUCUAAUUGAAUGUUAUUCUAUUAGUGGGAGAGGUCAAAGAGCUUGUGCAGGGGCACGGGUGAUUGGGUUAUCUGAAUUGUUUUCAUAUUGUAUGUGGUGUUGAAGUAAAUUAUACCUCAAAGUGCAAAGUAUCAUUUAAA